GCACUUCCAACGAUUGAAUGAACCGACAGGGAUGCAAGCUUUGUAACGGUCUCAAUUGUUAUAGACCUGCUUUGGAUGUGAAUUGUGGGAGUUUUUUUGCCUCGCAAGACCUGGCAACCUUGGGCGAGGGUUGCAAGGAGACAGGGAAGGUGGUAACUAAGUGCAACGUUGCGUCUUGAAUCAACAGAUUGCUCAUUUGUGCUCAUUUUGGUUGAGGUAUUUACACAUCCCGGCAAUAAUUUCUCGGACUUACCAUCUUUUGUGAUGCAGUUGCAAAGAUUUAGCAGCUGUCAAGAGGAAAUGAUUUGAUCUCGUGCAUUUUUUGGAAUUUUUUUGCCAAGUGUCACCUUCAAAACAAGCCAUCUCGGAGGUGAAAACUGAGAGACUUCGUCGGAAUUGCUCCAACACGGAAGGAGUUUUGGGAGCACAGUAAAUUUUGAAGAUUGAAGAAUUUUUGCUGCUUGAUUAACAGCUACAGCGGACCACGAAAAACUGUAAAGCGAUGUUAGCAUGUAGCUUCACCAAUAGCUAUAGAUGAAGCAAACUACAGGAAUGAAUGGACAGAAUGAAAUUUGUUGAAGAUGGUGUGAAAAUUUUGCACAUUAAUAGUAGAUAUCAUAGUGGAAGUCAUAUCUAAAAGACGGAAGUUCCAGCCAUUUUGCAUUUGAUAUCGUUUCAACAGUUGGAAUUCUGAAAAACAGAAAUAAUAAUUUAUAUAAUUGUCAAUAAUUUUUUGAGAUCACAUCGCUCCAAAAUUUCCAAAAGAUUCAGAAAUUUGUACUGGAUUUUUUCUCAAGAUUUUUAAAUAUUUCAAAUGCAUAUUGAAUUUUAAGAAUUUGAUUUCCAAACUGGGGCUAUUUUUGAUCGCCAUACUUGCUUUGACGUUACAUGUUUGCUGAUCGUCUCCUCAACAUGUUUUUUCACAGCUUUUGGACUUGUCGUUCUGUUCUUUUAUAACUACUUUUUUCCCCAAAUUUCCUCAACUUUUGGUCGGCUAAAUCUGGCUGGUUGAAAGUCUACCAAAUUGCAAGCAGCAUCUAAACAUUUGCAAUCUCUUAGCAAUUUAUCCAAACUCCAAAUUUUGACUAGCACGUUUUUUUGUACCAACUUUGAACGUCUUUCGGCACCAUUUUAUUUCGGUGCCUUCUCCUCCCUUUUUUUUCCAGUAUUGUUCGAACUGUCCCUGUUGGGGGGCAGGUGACUCCAGUCCAAAACGCCGCGUGCCGUACUCCGAGUGAAGAAUGGCCAGCGCUGGGCCAAGCCGGUGGAAACGCCGACCCCGACCACGGACCUGUUCAUGGAGAGGUCCCAGAGCAAACUCAGCCUCUCCGCGUCCUUCGAGGCUCUGGCCAUAUACUUCCCCUGCAUGAACUCCUUCGACGAGGACGAUGUUGAUGCAGAAGGACGCAGGCUGAAGAGUAUCCAACGCAGCACGGAGACAGGUCUGGCUGUGGAGAUGCCCAGCCGUACCAUCCGACAAGCCAGCCAUGAGUCCAUCGAAGACAGCAUGAACAGCUACGGCUCCGAGGGGAAUCUGAACUACAGUGGCAUGUGCCUGGCAUCCGAUGCCCAGUUCAGUGACUUCCUGGACGGGAUGGGACCAGCUCAGUUCGUGGGCCGUCAGACUCUAGCGACCACAUCUAUGGGUGACGUGGAGAUCGGUCUGAUGGAGAGGAACGGCUCUCUGGAGGUGGAGGUGGUCCAAGCCAGAGGACUCACCAUGAAGCCCGGCUCAAAGUGUCCCCCAGCGGCGUACAUAAAAGUCUACCUGCUGGAGAACGGGCUCUGUGUGGCUAAGAAGAAGACCAAGAGUGUGAGGAAGAGCCUGGACCCUCUGUACAACCAGCUGCUUGUCUUCAGCCACACUCCCCAAGGCAAAGUCAUGCAGGUAAUUGUGUGGGGCAACUAUGGACGCAUGGACAGGAAGUGCUUCAUGGGUGUGGCUCGGAUCCUAUUGGAGGAGCUGGACCUGAGCUCGAUGGUGAUUGGCUGGUACAAGCUGUUCCCUACCUCCUCUAUGGUCGAGCCCACGAUGGCCCCCCUAAUACGCCAGUCCUCCUCACAGAUGUCUUUGGAAAGCAACAUUCCCUGCUGCGAAAGAUCCUAAAAACAUGUUACAUCGACAUUUUACAAAAGAUCUUAGCUUUGUACUAAGAGAAGUAUGUAGCGCUGCCUUUGAAUGCAAGAGGCAGCAUGUCCAGUCAUUUAAACCAGAAAUAAAUGGAUUUUUGGGACUGACUACAGACUUUAAAGUUACAUUUUGAAAAAUUUUGGAAACUAUGCCAAGGCAAUGUGGAGAAACAUAUUGCGCUGUUAACUGAAGAUGGACAGUAUGCAUUGGACAAAUUGGAAACCUGUACACUUUUACUGUAAGACUGUUUUUUGAACUUCAUUAUAGAGCUAUUUAUUAUUUGAAUGUUUUGCCAUAUUUAAUGUUGUAAAUAUGAAAGCAAGCCGCCUCUCCCUCCUUUGAAAUGAUAUGACAGUAAAAGUCAAGGUAGAUUGGGAGAACUGGUAUUAACUAACCUGUUUUGUCAGGUUUUGCUUGAGUUAAAAUGGCUUCAUAUGGAGAUUAAUAACUAAUUUAUACUCAGUUGUAUUCCCAAUAAGUUUAUUGAAAAAAUCUGAACAAAAAAAACAACAAUACAAAUCAAUAGCCUUAAAGAAGACAUAUUAUUGUGGCUUUAACUCGAUUUUGAACAUGCUUUUGGUCAUCUUGGGAUAAGUGUUCACAUUUUCUAAUGUGUACAUUUGGAAAAUAUGCUUCAUAAACGUCGCUUCCAUUUCCAAUAAGGCAUUUAAAUGUCAGCGAUGGGACUGAACAAUGGCAAAAAUAAACAGAUGAGGUCCUUAUUCCACGUGAAUGCUAUGCUAAUAGAGUCAUGUGAACACAAUUUGAUCGUAGAAUGAGCCCGUUGAUGGUUUAUGAGCUUACAAACAAUGUCUGGAUGUUUACGUGUGACACAACGAUCCAGACAAAAUGCAAACAGAGCAUUUUUGAAUUUCAAAAAAGAUGACAGAUAGUUUAAUGAAACAUGUGUGAAUAAAGCAGAAAUAGAACUCCAGGUUGUUUUUGAUGAGGGACAACAGUAAAACAUGGUCAAAAGCUCAAAAAAGUCAAUUUUGCAUCUGUGUUCUUUAACAUUUAAAUGCUCCCCCUUAAGUGCUAACUUAUUUUUGGAGAAACAGUUUAGUAGUUUGAUGAAGACCAAAAAAGCCAGUGUUUUUACUAAAUGGUUGGUCUAAAUGACUUAGAUCAAAGCAUUUGUAUUGAAUGUAUUUCGUCACAAAAUGGAAAAUGAACAUGGCUCCUUAAAAAUAUAAAAAUAAGGAUUAAUAUAGCAGGCUAUGUCCUUUCAAUGUUAAGCUAAGAUGCUUAAUAUUUUGCACUGAAAGGCCAACUGGAUAGAUGUUGGUAUUAAGCAAAUUAUAAAUACUGAGGGGUAUGCAUGAAUAAUAAUAAUUCUAUGGAGAAUAAUUGAAGAUUUAAAAUGCAAGAGAGUUUUGCAUGUGAUUAGCAUGACAUGGAAUCCAUCAAAAUACAGUGAUUGGUUUUUAAAAGUGCAAAAUCAUGGCACUGUUUUUAUAAUUGGAGAUUUUAAAUGUCUUCAGCAAAUUAUGAGGAUAGUUACAAUCGAUCAUGUACUGAACUUUUCUGAAAAUCCUUGACUUGUUUUAGAAUCUAACUAAAGGCACUGUU